CAUCGUCAUUCCUCACCUAAACCACUCUGCUUCAUUCUCUAUCUUUCUAAAGUAAACAAUCUUUAGAUAGAGAACAAAAAAUGAAUUCGAAGAUCUUUGAAGCUUUCUUCAUUGUUGCUAUCUUCUCUACCUCAUGCCUCGCUCAAGCUCCAGCUCCUUCUCCAACCACCACCGUCACUCCUCCGCCUCCUGCCGCAACUCCCGCCCCGGCCACCACUCCACCACCUGCAGCCACCCCUGCCCCUACCGCUAGUCCUCCGUCUUCCUCUCCUUCUCCGUCGUCUGAUGUCCCCACCGCUUCUCCACCUGCACCGGAAGGUCCCGGAGUUAGUCCCGGUGAUCUAGCCCCGACACCUUCCGACGCUGCCGCUCCUCCACCUAACGCAGCUUUCUCCAACAAAGCUUUCGUCGUCGGUACCGUUUUUGCUGCGGUUAUUUACGCCGUCGUUUUGGCUUAGGAUCUCAUUGUUUACAUCUUGAAAACAUUCUGUUUACAUUUCAUUCUAUAGUUACGGUGUUAAUUUCGAUAAUUUGAUUGAUUUUUAAAUUAUUCGAUUGUUGUUUGAAUUGGGAUUGGUAAAUGUUGUUUGUUGAGGUGGAAUAUGUUGUGUAAAUCCAGUGAUAGCUUUAAUAAAACUACUUAGUUAUUCUUUCU